CCCUUUCUCUGACGCCGCCGAGGUUGUUUCCUUCCGGCUUCCUUGCUUUGCUGCACAGGCACUGGGGGUGAAAGGUCACCAAGAUGGCGCUGACCGCUCGUCUGCUCCCGAGUUCGCUCCUGGCCUGGUCGCUGCCCAGCGGGGCAGCUCGGCUCGGAACCCCUCGGGCAGCCGUGGUGAAGCCAGCACUGGGGGUGAAAGGUCACCAAGAUGGCGCUGACCGCUCGUCUGCUCCCGAGUUCGCUCCUGGCCUGGUCGCUGCCCAGCGGGGCAGCUCGGCUCGGAACCCCUCGGGCAGCCGUGGUGAAGAGAGUUACAGCACUGAGGAGCAGCGCCAGGGCACCAGGAUGAUCGUCCUGGGGUUCUCCAACCCAGUCACCUGGGUGCGCACGCGCGUGCUCGCCUUCCUCGUCUGGGCCUACUUCGACCGCGAGUUCAGUAUCACGGAGUUCUCCAAGGCGGCCAAGCAGGCUUUUGCGUAUGUAUCCAAAUUGCUAUCACAAUGUAAAUUUGAUCUGUUGGAAGAACUUGUGGCCAAAGAGGUGCUACCUGUAUUGAAAGAAAAGGUUACAUCACUACCUGAUAACCACAGGAGUGCUCUUGCUGCUGACAUGGAUGAGAUUGUCUACACAUCAACAGGGGACAUCUCCAUUUACUAUGAUGAGAAAGGAAGGAAGUUCGUUAACAUCCUGAUGUGCUUUUGGUAUCUAACCAGUGCCGACAUCCCCAGCGAGGCUGUGCGUGGAGCCAGUGUGUUCCAGGUUAAGCUGGGGGAUCAGAAUGUGGAAACUAAGCAGCUUCUUAGUGCGAGUUAUGAAUUUCAGAGAGAGUUUACACAAGGAGUAAAGCCUGACUGGACAAUUGCACGAAUCGAACACUCACAGAUACUAGAAUAAUCUUUCUUGGAAAAAUCAGCAUAUGGACUUUUACCAGUUGCUAUAAAAAACUAAGGAAGAAACAUUUGGAUCAUGUGAUCUUCACUUAAUCAAGUCUGUGGAUUACUUUUGUAUUAGUUUGAAAUAACCUUUGAAAUCUGUUGGAAUGGUACAAUAAAGCAUUUUCCAGAUUGCUACCACCUUCUUUAAAAGACAAAGUAAAAAAACAAAAAAACCACACCAACACCACAUUAUUGGUAUUAUUUCCAAUAUUCUGUCUGUAUCCAUACAAAUUAAUUAUAUAGACCUAACGAGAUACU